UGAACGUCGGAUUAAUUGUAAGUUGAGGUGGGGCCCACACGUCAAGAUUUUUUUUGGGACAUGUGACAAAUUAUAUGAAUCACAUAUGUGAAGUUAAACACAACUCAAGAAGGACCCUUGGGCCAAAUCAAAGUGGAAGUCCUCCAAACGAAUAUUUUUAAGAAAACGUUUUCGGGUAACCUGACUUUGGGGGGCAAAAACGAUAUUAUAAGUUUGGAAUUUGGAAAAGUACCAAGAAAUAGAAGUUGUAGAUAAUUGAAUUAGCUUUCCAUCCAUAGGUCGUGGGUUCCCCGGUGACGUCGGUACAAGGAGAUAUGGACGUUUUAAGGCAGAAAGGUCAGUGGGCUAGGCCCAAUCCGAGCCCAACCGGGUUAGGCCCAUUACCCAUGUCCUUAUAAGUGCCAAUUUCGGCCUUCUUCAUCAUUUUAACACCAGGAACAACCAGAAAAUUCUGGAAAGAGAGAGAGGAGCUUUGGAGAGAAAAAAAAAACAAUUUUGACCAAAAUCCGAGCCCCGAAUCCCGAAGCCCAUGAAGGGAAAAGUGUUGUACGCUACGUUGUCUUCAAUUUGAGCUAAAAAUCAACCAAAGAGGAGAGUGAUGACGUGGUGGCUGCCUACUUAAGAUUCGGAGUGAAACGGGAUUUGAGUUUUGGCGAACGUAAGACGCAUAUAAGGUACCGACGACAGGUUUGCUGAGCCGUCCGCUUAGGAUCUUAUUCUCCUAUUUUGGAGCGCUCUCUUAUCCAGAGCCCAUCUUUUGCCAUGCCUCCGAAGAAAGCGACAGCUGCCCAGAAGGGCAAGUCAGUAGCAGCCGGAGAGACUAGUCGGGCUCAGAAAGUCAUUCGGACCCUUGCUCAAAUUAUGCAAGAUACUGCGCCCCGGCCAACCGACUCUACUACAUCAUCAUCAUCGGAGGAGUCUGGAGCAGCAGCCGCUGCCACUAUGGAUCAGGGGGCGGCUUCACCAGUAGCUCCAGAGGUUCCAGUACCUGAGCCUCCAGCUCCACAGCCAGGGGCUGAGGAUCGGGCUAUGAGAGAUGCGGUCCAGUUGUUGACCAGACUGGUAGCAGGGCAGGUUCAUAGGCACGGACUUGGGGAUGGUCGUGCAGACAGACGUGACAGUUCGAGAGCUCGUGAGUUCCUGACCUGUAAUCCUCCAGAGUUCUUCGGGACAAAGCCCGAGGAGGAUCCUGAGGAGUUUAUCAGGAAGAUGCGGCGCACUUUGCAUUUGAUUAAUGCUUCCGCGACAGAGUCAGUCACGUUGGCUUCGUACCGGUUGUAUGAUGUAGCGGCUAAUUGGUACGAGUCAUGGGAGUUAUCCAGAGGUGACGGCGCUCCCCCAGCAGUUUGGGAUGAUUUUUCUCAGGCCUUUCUUAGCCAUUUUCUGCCUCCGGAGUUACGGCGGGCCAGGGCUGACAGAUUCUUAUUGCUGAGACAGAGGGGCCGCAGUGUUCGAGAGUACAGUAUGGAGUUCGACUCAUUGGCCCGAUAUGCACCUGCUGUGGUAGCUACUAUGGCUGACAGGAUGCACAGGUAUAUUAUGGGGCUGGACCGUUAUUUUGUCGACAGUUGCUUGGUAUUGGCCGCUCAGCCCGAUAUGGAUAUUGCCCGGAUUCAGGCGCACGCUCAGGGCAUGGAGGACCGGCACAGGGGUCAUCAGCCCGAUAGGAGUCAGGAUCGGAGACAGCCCAAGAGGGCCAGAUCAUCUGGGUAUUUUGAGGAAUUUCGGAGUGGGCAGCCUCAGCAGCAGCAGCAGUCUAGCAGGCAUUCUUCCCAGCCGGCACAGAGCACACCUCCGCAGUUCUCAAGCAGGAGAUUUGAUAGCCCAGGGUAUUUAGGAGCAGGCCACAGCUCCGGGGUUUCAGGUUCGCGGGUAGACAGAAGUUCCGGUCAGACGAGGCCACCCAGGCCUCAGUGUUCUUAUUGUGGGAGAUACCACCCGGGAGAGUGCUACCGUGCUACAGGUGCUUGUUAUUCUUGUGGCCGCCAGGGCCAUACUGUGAGAGAGUGUCCGUAUAAGGGUAAUUUGGGAGGUCCAGCGCAGCCUACCGGAUUAGUCGCUGGGUCAUCGUCUCCUUCGAUAGCCAUGCGCCCUGCGGGGCAGGGUACGUCGACAUCAGCAAGCCGCGGCAGAGGUCGUGGCGGGGCUCCCAGUUCAAGCGGUCCUUCGAACCGCAUCUAUGCCUUGACUAGUCGACAGGACCCGGAGGCGCAACCAAACGCGGAUACAGGUAUACUAAUGUCUUUUUCGAAAUAUAAGUGUAUUAACAGAUUUAGCCUCUACUAUGUGAUAUAUUUUCCCCAAAAUGCUUACAAGACCCUAUAAGAUUAAUUUAACAUUCGAGGACGAAUGUUCUAAAGGGGGGGAGGAUGUUACAUCCCGUAUUUUUGAACGUCGGAUUAAUUGUAAGUUGAGGUGGGGCCCACACGUCAAGAUUUUUUUUGGGACAUGUGACAAAUUAUAUGAAUCACAUAUGUGAAGUUAAACACAACUCAAGAAGGACCCUUGGGCCAAAUCAAAGUGGAAGUCCUCCAAACGAAUAUUUUUAAGAAAACGUUUUCGGGUAACCUGACUUUGGGGGGCAAAAACGAUAUUAUAAGUUUGGAAUUUGGAAAAGUACCAAGAAAUAGAAGUUGUAGAUAAUUGAAUUAGCUUUCCAUCCAUAGGUCGUGGGUUCCCCGGUGACGUCGGUACAAGGAGAUAUGGACGUUUUAAGGCAGAAAGGUCAGUGGGCUAGGCCCAAUCCGAGCCCAACCGGGUUAGGCCCAUUACCCAUGUCCUUAUAAGUGCCAAUUUCGGCCUUCUUCAUCAUUUUAACACCAGGAACAACCAGAAAAUUCUGGAAAGAGAGAGAGGAGCUUUGGAGAGAAAAAAAAAACAAUUUUGACCAAAAUCCGAGCCCCGAAUCCCGAAGCCCAUGAAGGGAAAAGUGUUGUACGCUACGUUGUCUUCAAUUUGAGCUAAAAAUCAACCAAAGAGGAGAGUGAUGACGUGGUGGCUGCCUACUUAAGGUAAUAUGUAGGUUCUUUUUCAUUGCUAACAAGUUUAUUUAAAGUUUUAACGGAUUAGAACGGGAAAAAUAGCGAUAUAAAUUCGUCAGUUGGUAUUGUGAAUUAUGGAAUGAGAUUUGAAGAGAAUUUUGGAUGAAAAUAAAUGUAGUUAACUUGUAGAAUGUGGAGGAUGUUGCUAUUGAUGUUGUUAGUAUUAAUUUCGACUUCAUUACGGAAAUAAAAAUUAUGAAAUAGCUAUAUGUGAAUUGUUAUGUUGGUUGGUGAAUUUAGAAGGAUGCUAGUCCAUAUUAGCAUGGAAAUUGGUUGUAGGAAAUUAUGUCAUUUUAAUGUGAUUUUAUGACAUUAUGGAAAGGAAGUUAAUAAAGUGUGGAUUAUUGUUGUUGGAUAUGAAUUUGUAUGUAGAAAAUGUGUUGUGAUGGUUUUGUUGCAUAUGUAGGAAUGUUGGGUGGAAUUGAUGGAAUUGUUUAAAUCCUUGGGUAUUGAUUGGAGUGUUAUUGAAUUAUGUUUGAAUAACCUUGAGUUAGUGAAUGAAUAUGAGAAUGGUGAUAUUAGCUUGAUAUUGUGAAGUUGAAAUGGAAAUGAAUUAAUUUUGUUUAAUAUGUUAGUUGUGUUGUUGAGAUCCUUAUAAGGCAAAUGAAGGUUAAAUGGUUUAAGUUGGCAUUGAAAUGGAAUGUAGAAGGUUAUGUCAUUUUAGAAUGAUUUUAUGAUAUUAUGGAAAUGAAGUUGUUAAGGUGCAAAUCAUGAUUAUUGUUGAUGAACUUGGAAGACGGAA